AUGCUCCGCACAUUCACCCGCAACACCGUUUCCAAGACCUUCAAGCCUUCAUCGGCUGCCGCCUUCCGCGUUCGCGGCAUGGCCGACAAGAAGAUCGAGGACAACACUCAGGCUGCCGGCGAGGCCAAGUCCACCAACCCCCAGAACCCUUCGGUCAUCUCCUCUGCCGGUGCCGUUGGCAAGCAGUUCAACCCUGAUGGAAACAUCGGUCAGGUUGGCGAGGCCGUACGUUCCCUGCGCUUUAUCUCAUUUAAAAGCUUGAUACUAACACACUACAGGNUUGGUGGACCCUUUUCCAAGGAUGGCGCUAUCGGCUCGCAGUUCGACGCAGCCAAGGAUGGUAUUGCCGGUCAGGUCGAGAAGGCCGUCGACGGCCCCAGCAGACCCGCCACCCAGAAGAAGUAA